CAGAGCACACUGCAGCAUCCAGAGGAGCUUUCAGGAGCACUGAUCCAUGUGGCAAAACAUCUGGCCAACCUGCAGUUCAGAGUCUGGGAGAAGAUGCAGUACACCGUCCAAUACACACCUGUAACUCUGGACCCCAACACUGCUCAUCCUAAACUCAUUGUAUCUGAUGAUCUGAAAAGUGUGAGACGCAGCGAUGAAGAACAGAAACUUCCUGAUAAUCCAGAGAGAUUUGAUGAUGAAUAUUGGUGUAUCCUGGGUUCUGAGGGCUUUAACUCGGACACACUGCUGGGAUGUGGAAGUUGGAGACGGUACAGGGUGGAUUGUGGGUAUGAUGACAGAAUCUGCUCAGAGGAAGGGGGGGAUAUUCUGCAGAAGUGGAAUCUGGUGUGUGUGGUAUUUUGGUGAUAAAUAUUGCACAGUUUCUACACCACAUCCAGACACUCAGCUCUCAGUAGCACAGAAACUCCAGAGGAUCAGAGUGAAGCUGGACUGGAACAGAGGAAAACUGUCAUUCUCCGACCCUCUCACUAACACACACUUACACACUUUCACACACACGUUUAAUGAUAAAUUACUGCCAUUCCUACAUGUUUAUGGUUCCAUAAAGAUCCUCCCACUUGAGUGCUCUGUAAGAGUGAAUCAGAUCAGUUAGCAUUGAUGUUGUUUUAUUCCAGUUCAUUAAUAAAAUACUGCAGAUUAAAAGAUUAGUGUUCUUUGUGUAAGUCUUUUUUUCCCCCCCUUUUGGAAACCCUGAAGCGCACACUGUGAUUUUUUUUUUUUCAAGUGAAUCAACUCAAAAUAUUGACAGAAUAUCUUGAAAUAAUGAAUUAACUCAAAUAAUAAAAUAUAUUAUAUAUUUUGAAAGCAAGAGGAAGUCAAAAUAAUAAGUGAAAUAAUGACACACUGUCUUGAAAUAACAAGGUAUUAACUCAAACUUACAACAUAGCAUUUAAUUAAAAUCACAAAAGUGUUCAAAUGCAGAAUGAGCUGAAAAGAUUAUUUAAUUUUAUUGAUGUAUUUUAAAUAAAUUGAGAAUUUGAAAGCUCAUGUCUUGCCUGUAUUUGUACUUGUUAGCGUUUGCUGUUAUUCUUGGAUUAAACGUGUGUGUGUGUGUGUGUGUGUGUGUAACUGUGCAGUGGAGGAGAAUUCCAGCUCAAAGUUUCCCUCCACCAGCAGUUUGUGGUUUUGUAAAGAUCAGAUGGAUUUGUAUGUUAAUGCUGCAUUAGGUGAUGAUUCACAAGUUCAAAUCAAUUCUGAGUGAAAUAAAUUCACUUUGUUCAUUCUGAUAUUAAACACUGUUAAUCUGCAGAAUGGGACAAUUAAAAUAUGCACAAAUAAAUACAUCUGUAAUCUGUGUAAUGUUUAUUAUUAACAGUAAAAAUGUUCAUGAUGUGCACAAUUAUAUAUUUGUACAGAUGUGUGCAGUGGUGGUUGUUAUUUACAUGAUUAGUAUCAGGGAUGUGUUCAGUUUAAUGUGUGUGUAAGUGAUCACUGAGAGGAUGUGGAAGAGAGAGAGGCAGGUGAGAGAGUCAGUCAUUAAAGGUGUUAAAAGCAACAAUUUUCUCAAUGUUCUCUAUCGUCAUUUAACCGCAAGUUAUAUUUAACUCUCAUCCAUUAUCCCUGGCUGCUGUAUCAUAUGGAUCAAAACAUGACAAGAUCUGUCUCGACUAUAAUAAAUAAAAAUUAAACAUUUAGGCCUAGGUAUUUUAUUUUUGUCCCAUGUCUUCCCACUACACAGUGUUCCAACUUUUUUGGAAUUGGGGUUGUAUUAUUAUUACAAAGCUUUGUUAAAUACUUGAUUCUGAUUGGUUUACAGUCUGUUUUUUCUUUAUUACAAACUGUUGUUAUGGACCACGACAUUACCAGAAGCAAUAAAAUCAUUUUACAACAA